AUGGACACGGAGGUGGACGCGGGCUCCGUGGCCUCGGGGCUGUCGGGCGGCGACGGGCCCGGCCCCGGUCCGGCCGAGGAGGAGCAGGAGCAGGAGAUGGAGCAGGAGAUGGAGGGGGCGCCCAGCUGCUCGGGCUCGCGCUCCCUGCCCUACGAGUUCGAGCGGAGCCGCUCGGACUCCAGCGGCGACGAAGACGACGACGAGGACGAUGAAGARGAGGAGCUGGAGGAGGAAGAGGAGCUGGAGGGGGCGGCCGGGCCCCCCUUCGGCAUGGACGACGCCGAGCUCGACUCGGACGACGACCGGGAGGUGAAGCGCACGAUAAACCUCUCCGAGUUGACCCCUUACAUCCUGUGUUCCAUCUGCAAAGGCUACUUUAUCGAUGCCACAACCAUUACAGAGUGCCUGCACACCUUUUGCAAAAGCUGCAUUGUGAGACACUUCUACUACAGCAACAGAUGUCCAAAAUGYAAUAUUGUUGUACAUCAGACGCAGCCCCUUUAUAAUAUCAGACUGGACCGGCAAUUGCAAGACAUAGUAUAUAAAUUAGUUGUCAAUUUAGAGGAAAGAGAGAAGAAACAGAUGCAUGACUUCUAUAAAGAAAGAGGACUAGAAGUUCCCAAACCAGCUGUCCCCCAGCCAGUUCCAGUGAGCCGAGGAAGACCUCGAAAAGUUCUGGGCUCUGUGUUCCGGAUCCCACCAGAGCUUGAUAUCUCAAUACUUCUGGAGUUCAUUGGAGCUAACGAAGGCACAGGGAAUUUUAAGCCUUUGGAAAAGAAGUUUGUGCGUGUUUCAGGGGAGGCAACCAUUGGACACGUGGAGAAGUUUCUCAGAAGGAAGAUGGAUCUGGAUCCUGGUUGUCAGGUAGACAUUAUCUGUGGUGAUCACCUGCUAGAACACUUCCAGACACUGAGGGAAAUUCGUCAGGUCAUAGGAGAGAGUGCAAUACAGGAUGGCUUGCUUGUUCUGCACUAUGGCCUUGUGGUCGCUCCACUACCAGUAACUUAAAGAUCUCUACAACACCGGAUGGCAAAACAAUCCAAAGACAUCGAGCUUCAUCAGUGCUGCCUCCCUCUCGCCAAAGAAGGCCAUCUUAUUUCCAGUGCCAGAAAGCUAAGAGAACACCGACUGCUGUGUGCUUGUAACUUAACACCUGUCUUUACUGCUGUAAAAAUUACAGCUUCUGAAAGUGCAGCUGUAGAUAUUGCUACGCUUAGUGUUACAAAUGACUGUCUCCAAAUUUCACUCAGCUCAGGGAAUUUAAGUGCUCAACCUUGCUGCAUUUUUUUUUAUUAUUAUUACUCUGUUAACCUCUUGGAUCUCGCAACAUUAAAUGCCCCUUUCCUUUAAGCUGUGAGAUACUGCCUGUUUUUGGAGUGUCUGCCAGGACCGGUGCUCUCAGGGAUAAUCCCCAGUCAGCAGUAUAGUGUAUUGUGGGGAGAAGACAGUCACUAAUUCCCAAAAAAGUGUUGUGUGAUYGUCUGUAUUCAGAAGUGAUUUGGGGGAAGAGGGGAGUUUUCCCAAUUCAGACCAAAAUAGGAAGAAAACACAAGUGUGGUUUUACUUUUUUUCUCUCUUUCUUUCUAGAGCAUUAAAUGUAAUUGUUUUUCUUCGAGAAAGACAAUUUUGUUUGCACUGGGAAUAUAUUUGGUGGUAGUUGGACUUAUACCAAAUGGUGCAUCAUUCAUUUAUAGUCUUAAUGGAGGUGAGCCAGCUGGUUAAACUAUGCAUGUAUUUUUUGGAAAAAAGUAGCGCUUUGUACCUGCUUGCUCUAUGUAAAAUAAUCACCAUCAACCUGAAUCUGCUGUUGUGGAACAUCCUUUAACUGUUUUGACAGUCAAGAGCACAGAUUCUCUUUCAUUUCAGCACAUCCUUUUAGCACCAGUGAAAACAGUAGCUCUUGCAGUCUUUCUUAGAGUAUAUUAGUGUGUUGUAGAGGAGACCGCAGUUGAAGAUGUUGAAGAACGUAAGCACUCGUGUGGUACUCCCCGAUCCACAAAAUGAUAUUAGGUUGCUUUAGUUUUAACAUAUUAAAAUACUAAAUUCAUGACAACUGUAAUAUUUCAAAAUUCUGCUCUGUUCAAGAUUCCCAUAGUUUCUUGUGCAGGAUUAAAAACC